GGAGGUGCGAAGCGACAGGGGCUCCUCGCCGGCCCUCUAACCUGAGAUUUCUGCUGUGCUAGAGGAACCGAAGUGGAGCUGGGGCCCGGAAGGUCUAAGCCAGAUUGAGGCAGCGACGGAGAACAGUGACAGAGGCAGAUUCUACAUCUAAAGAAGACAGGACCUUGUGCCUGCCUACCCAAGCCUCUUGCCAGUGUUCUUAGUGGUCAGAGACUCCAACCUUCACCGAAAGGCUACCUACUGGUCUCUAGGAUUUCUGCCUUUUCCCAACCCAUUCGGUUGACUGAACCCAGGGUGGUAUUGCACCUGAGUGUGAGGACUGGUUGGUUAGCAACAAACAAGAGCCCCCUGGGGCCUCUGGCAGAGGCCUGAAGCUGGAACCAUCAGGGAAUAUGAGUGAGUUUUGGCACAAACUGGGCUGCUGCGUGGUCGAGAAGCCCCAGCCGAAGAAAAAGAGGAGACGUAUUGACCGCACCAUGAUUGGGGAGCCAAUGAACUUUGUCCACCUGACUCACAUCGGCUCUGGGGAGAUGGGGGCUGGAGAUGGACUUGCUAUGACAGGUGCAGUUCAGGAGCAGAUGAGAUCCAAGGGAAACCGUGACAGACCCUGGAGCAAUUCCAGGGCCUUGUAGCUCCAAUGGGACUGGUUCUGUAGUCUUGGAGUUCCCAUUCUGUGUCCAGGCCAGAAGAAAUGCCAUCACCAGAUCCCUUCAGCCAGUGGCCCAAGGGCCUCUCUCUCUCUCUCUCUAACAAGUGCCUCAAAAGGAGUGGGGGCUGGACUCCCUCUACUCCCUCUGGCCUCUGCCCCUCCUGGAGAUGGGGGUCAAGGCAGCAGGACUGACCAAGUGACUACUGGUGGGCCAGAGGAACUCAGCUGAAGCCCUGCACACCCUCGAUCUGAGCUGGGGGUUCUCGGAACCUAGAAUAGGUUUCCUGCUCCUGAAUGAAGGUCGGGUGCUGCCUGU